AAAAUGGGGGAAAUGAGACGUUAUCAUAUAUAUGGAAACGUAGGACGUCAAUGAGAGAAAGAGCCCUGUCUGAGCCUCUACAGGGUCGCCAGGAUUCUUUCUCUGAUUGCUGAUGUGGGUGACGGCGAAAGAACCCUAGGCCCAGAGCGGACCCCGAGAUUUCGGGGCAGGGGAGGUGGGUCACGUGAAGGAAGCUCUGGGACUGCAAGUCCAAAGGGGCCGCCAUGGUUCUCUCCGGCGCACCUGUCCACUCAGGGACCACAGCCAGAUCCCCUUCCCGGCCAAUCGGUCGUCCCGGAAGUCCGACCUCCCGACAUUUUGCUUCCGGUUCCGCUCGCGCCUUCCGGUCGCCAUGGCGACGAGCCGCCUUGGGGUCGGGGAGACUCUGGGGGCCCUCAACGCCGCCCUGGGGCCGGGAGGCCCUGUAUGGUUGAAGGAGACGCGCGCCCGCCACCUCCGUGCCCGAGAUUUCCUGGCGCCGCGGCGCGCGCUACAGGCUCGCUUCGGGGAUGGACAGGUGCCCGAGCGUGUGGUCCAUGCGGUGGCCGGCCUACAGGGCCCCGGUGUGGCCCCAGUGCUGCGCUGCGCGCCAACCCCCGCGGGUCUGGCCCUCCAGCUGCAGCGGUCCGCUGUCUUCGAGCGCGUCCUCGGCGCCGUGGCCGCCUACGCCGCGCCCGCUGUGUCCGCCUCACCGGGCCCGCGCGUCAUCCUGCACUGCCCGGCGCUGCGCGGCGCGCCCUGUGCACUCCGCUUGAGCCAGCUGCGCGCCGUGCUCGUGGCCGAUCACCUGUCUCGAGCUCUGCACACUCACGGGGUGAGUGUGCGUCUAGUGCCAGCCGUGCGGGACCCGCAUAUGCUGACCUUCCUGCAGCAACUGCGAGUGGACUGGUCCGCUGCCUCGGAGACAGCUGCGACCGAAGCCCUGAGGAGCAGCGCAUUUGCUAAGCUUACCCCUGCCAAUGACAGGGGAGCCCUGCCCCUUGGCGUCCUGGGCAGAGUGUGCCUGAAGGAGCUGGUGGAAGAACGGGGACGCACAGCUGGCUAUGACCCCAAUCUGGACAACUGUCUGGUGACUGAGGAUCUGCUCUCCGUGCUGGCCGAGCUGCAGGAGGCUGUGCAGCACGCGCCUGAGGACAGCUCCCUAGGCCUGGCUGCAGCUCCAGAUGCUCAUGCAGAUAGCUGCAUGGUUGUACAUGUGGUGAGCUGUGAGGAGGAGUUCCAGCAACAAAAAUUGGACCUGCUUUGGUGGAAGUUGGAUGACCAGGCUCCUCUCAGACAGAAGCACCUGGUCUGUGGCCCAGUGAAAGUAGCUGGUGCACCCGACACCCUGACUGCCCCCGAGUACUACGAGCUCCGGCAUGCCCAGGUGUGCAAGGCCUCAGCACUGAAGCAUGGCAGGGACCUGGCACAAGACCCAGCCUGGACAGAAACCUUCGGAGUUCUUGCUGUGGCAAGCAUUAAGUUUGAGAUGCUCAGCACAGCCCCACAGAGUCAGCUCCUCCUGGCUCUGGCCGACAGCAGCAUUUCCACAAAGGGCACCAAGAGUGGCACCUUUGUCAUGUAUAAUUGUGCUCGUCUUGCCACACUCUUUGAGGGUUACAAGCGCAACAUGGAACAAGGUCUGUACCCCAUUUUUCCAGCUGUGAGCAGUCUGGAUUUCUCACUGCUACAGGAUGAGGGUGAGUGGUUGCUGCUCUUCAACAGUGUCCUCCCCUUCCCAGACCUGCUGAGCCAGACAGCAGCCCUGGCCUGCACAGCCCCGGGGCUCCACAUCACUGCACGCACAGAGAUGGUCUGCAAGUUCCUGGUGCAGCUCAGCAUGGAUUUCAGCUCAUACUAUAACCGUGUACACAUCCUAGGGGAGCCUCGACCACACCUGUUUGAUCAAAUGUUUGCCCGUCUGCAGCUUCUGCGAGCCGUGCGUAAAGUGCUCCACACUGGCCUGGCCAUGCUGGGUCUCCCUCCACUGAGCCACAUCUAACGCCACAGAGGCCCCAAUAUCUGGGAAUGUUCACAAAGUCAUCAACUAGAAAAAAAAUUUUUAAAAAAGAACAGGAAAAACCUACAGAUUUUGUUAGAGACCUAGAGCCAAAAUAAACUUUUGUUACAAA